AUGGUCGAGUCCUCCCCUGGGUCCCCGGUGGAAGAGUUGGCAGGAUUGAGGAGAUCCUCAAAGUGUCAGACAGUUUGCCAGAACCUCUUUGAGGCCAUCCGUUUUUUUCCACCGGUACCUGUCAGCUGCCUUAGAAAUCCCACGAGCCAACCAGGCCUGAUAGGACUCCUCCUUCAGCUUGACGGCAUUACUUACUUCUGGUGUCCACCACCGGGUUUGGGAGUUGCCGCCACAACAUGCACCAGAGACUUUAUGGCCACAGCUCCAGACGUCCACGUCGACAAUAGAGGUAGAGAACAUAGUCCACUUAGACUCAAUGUUUCCAGCCUCCCUCGGGAUCCGGUCAAAGUUCUGAAGAUCUCCCUAACAGGGGUCUCUGCCAAACAUUCCCAACAGACUCUUAUGGUACGUUUUGGCCUGCCAAGUCUGUAUUCGUCCGAUAGUCAAACCUCAGCUUCAGAAGGAACAAUGCGGCUUUUACCCUGGACAUGGAAAACUGGACCAGCUCUAUACCCACUUCAGGGUACUGGAGGGUUCCUGGGAGUUUGCCCAACCAGUCCACAUGUGUUUUGUGGAUUUGGAGAAGGCAUUCGACCAGGUUCCUCACUGUGUCCUGUGGAGAGUGCUCUGGGAAUACGGGGUAAUACGGCCCAUUGAUAAGGGCUGUCUGAUCUCUGUAUGAUCAGAGUAGGAGCUUGGUUCGCAUUGCCGCCAGUAAGAUAGACUUUUUCCCAGUGCAUGCUGGACUCCAACAGGGCUGCCCUUUGUCACCGGUCCUGUUCAUUAUUUUUAUGGACAGGAUUUCAAGGUGCAGCCGGGGGCCAGAGGGGGUCUGGUUUGGUGACCACAGGAUAUCGUCUCUGCUUUUUGCGGAUGAUGUUGUCUUGUUGGCUGCAUCUGGACAGGACCUACAGUGUGCAACAGGGAGGUUUGCAGCUGAGUGUGAAGCGGCAGGGAUGAGAAUCAGCACCUCAAUCAAUCUGAGGCCAUGGUUCUCAGUCGGACAAGGGUGGCUUGCCCCCAUCAGGUUGGUGGGGAGUUCCU